AUGGGGUCCUCACCAGAGAUGGAGGGGUUUGGUUUGUCUGAUGUGGAAUAUUCGUUCAUGAUGGAUCCUUUAAAACGACGCCACAACCAAUCAAAAAAGCAAACAAUAUACGGGAUUUUUGCCUCAGACGAUUCUGAUUCAGAGCCUGAAAGAAGUGGCUUCGGUGGACGUGAAGCUGGUUUCAAGCGUAAGGGUGCCAAUUAUUCAGCACCGAUCACCUUUGUCAGUGGUGGAGUGAAGGCAGGUGCCGGUGCUUCGUCUGGUCCGAAAGAAAAUAACGAAGAAGUCGACCAGAUUUCGGAUGAUGAAGACGACAAAUCUGUCCUAAGGAGUUUGCGUCCUUAUCAUGAUUCAGACUCUGACUCACCAAAUUCAGACAUUUAUCGUAAACCUGACAAGCCUGUGGGCAUAUCCGUUGGGGCCAGUCGACGUGUAGCAGCAGCCGCUGCAGCGGCGAAGUCUGCGACCUCUGGUUUCGGGGCUUGGGAAAGGCACACAAAGGGUAUUGGAAUGAAACUUUUAGAGCAGAUGGGUUACGAACCGGGCAAGGGUCUUGGUUCUGACGGUCGGGGUAUUGUUACUCCAGUUCAAGCUGUCCAACGAGUGGGGAAAGUAUCAGUAGGGUACUUUGGAUCUGAAAAGGCUCCCGCCCCUCGUCGAGGAAAUGAGACUGUCGUUGAAGAUUCAGACUCUGUCGGGCCACGUUACAAGAAGAGGCCUGGAUUACAACGGAGUCAAGCAUCAAAGCCUAUACAGGAGUAUAAAACCACUGAGGAAUUAGUCGCCGAUCUUUGUCCUGCAACCCCAGCUACAGCUGUUAGGCGACAUGGGAUUUUCUUGGAGAACAGUGAAUUGUCCAAAGUAAAGGUUAUCGAUAUGACAAGUAAGGAGCAAAAGGUGUACUCUGGUUAUGAAGCUGCUUUAUCUCGUGUUGUGCAAAGGCGCCGAAAACCGGGAGAUAAUUCUACUCUCUCAGAUGAAGAAAAUCCAGAUGUUGAUGGUAAACGAAUCGAAAAAAAGGUUGGAAGGGAAUUUCUUUGA